UGCAGCCAAACAGGGGGGGCGUCUCAGAGCGGUCUUCCAAGCGAACGGGUCAGAAGAAACGGAAAUGGCGAUGGCGAUGGCGCGAUCUGCUCUUCUCCGAACCUCUCUUCGCGGUGGCUCCCGCCCCUCCUCCGUGCCCAAGCGCAGCUUCGCUUCCUCCGCUCACGACGAUGCCCAUGAGACGGCGAAGUGGGAGAAGAUAACAUAUGCUGGUAUUGUGACGUGCACGAUUUUGGCGAUUUAUAACCUGUCCAAGGGACAUCAUCAUUUUGAUGAGCCUCCUCCGUACCCAUACAUGCACAUCCGCAAUAAAGAGUUCCCAUGGGGUCCUGACGGACUUUUUGAAACCAAGCACCACCAUGAUCACGAGUAACAUGGAUCUGUUAGGAAGUCACCCUUGCUUAGCAAAUUCCUUUGCUCAGACAUCUUUAGUUUUGAUGCAAGAACCAUUGCCAUGAGUCAAAUGCGGUGUGUGGAUCGUGUAAUUGGGAAUUUCCUUUUCCUUUCAGGUUCUUGUUUUUCUGUUCAUCACACUUCCCUGGGUAGUUCAAUAAAGUUUGAUGGACGUGGUGGAUUGUUUUCAUUUGAA